CUCUGAAUGCGAUGGCCCCGCGUCCCCCAUCUGAGAUCCGAGAUAAGCAUCGCUGGUAUCAAUGCACCGUCCAAAUCGCCACUCAGUUCAAGAUAGUUCUCGAAAAUAGCUAUUUUGAUGCUGGAAAGUACUUGACAGCGCCUGAGCCGGUGUUUCCCUCUGGGCAGAUGACGUUUACUGCGUUUAACGAUGUGUCGGGAGCAUCUACCGGCCUCUCUUUCUGGGCACAUUUAGACGAAAGUCAUCGAUUUUACUUCGCCAUUGUAAGUAGCCCUGCCAAGUGAACCUUGACUAGAAUUUACCGUUUGCUAGGGACUUC